AGUUGGUAUCUUUCGUCAUCUGACGUCACAAGUACUUCCGGUUUGGGCGGAAGACAACAGUGGCAACCCUCGGCUUCUAUGUACAUGUCAAAAUAACCUAACACAACCUCGUAUUCUUGUUUUGGACUUCGAGGGAACAAAGACAACCACGUCGAUAUGUUUUCCUUCAACGUCUUAGAUCACCCGAUGUCGCGUGGCUUCCAGAACCGCUUUUCCACUCAGUACCGAUGCUAUUCUGUAUCGAUGCUGGCCGGUCCCAACGACCGCUCCGACGUGGAGAAGGGAGGCAAAAUCAUAAUGCCACCUUCAGCGCUUGACCAGCUGAGCAGACUUAAUAUCACCUAUCCGAUGCUGUUCAAGCUGACCAACAAGAACUCCGACCGAAUGACACACUGCGGCGUUCUCGAAUUCGUGGCGGAUGAGGGAAUCUGCUAUCUGCCACACUGGAUGAUGCAAAAUCUGCUUCUGGAAGAAGGUGGUCUGGUCCAGGUUGAGAGCGUUAACCUCCUGGUGGCCACCUACUCCAAGUUCCAGCCACAGAGUCCUGACUUUUUGGACAUUACAAACCCCAAAGCAGUCCUGGAGAAUGCUUUGAGGAACUUUGCGUGCCUGACCACCGGUGAUGUCAUAGCCAUCAACUAUAAUGAAAAGAUUUAUGAGCUGCGAGUAAUGGAGACCAAGCCAGACAAAGCAGUAUCCAUCAUUGAGUGUGACAUGAAUGUGGAUUUUGAUGCACCGCUGGGUUACAAAGAGCCUGAACGCCGGCCUCAGCACCAUGAAGAACCGACCGAGGAGGAUGCAGAUCCGAGCACGUACGCCGAUAUGGACACGCGAUUCCGAGCCUUCACUGGUUCUGGCAAUCGCUUGGAUGGUAAAACCAAAGGGAUUGAGCCCAGCCCUGCUCCUCUGGGACCCAGUGACAUUAUCAGAGGUAUCCCCAACUACGAGUUUAAGGUUGGCAGGAUCACGUUCAUCCGAAACUCAAGGCCACUGCCAAGAAGAUUGGCUGAUGAUGAUGACGCUAUGAACAGAUUCAUCGCCUUUUCCGGGGAAGGACAAUCAUUACGCAAGAAGGGCAGAAAGCCAUGACAGGGUUCUAGCGAGGAAGCGAUUUGUUGGCUCAUGCACACACACACACACAUGCAACAUGUAUUGCCACCUACACCUGCAAAGUGAAAGCUUUCUUUCAGGUGCACUGGGACGUUGACGUCUUGGAUGCUUUAAAAUUGCAGUUGUGCUGUGGAGGUGAUUUUGUACUUGAUUACGACCGGGGCAGUCCCUUUUUCUUUCUUUUUUUUUUUUUUCCAAUUGAAGCUGAGAUCUGUAAAAUGUUGCCAGCAGUGAUUUUUGUACCCCCGAUUGUGUUAGCGAUUGGUUAGAAUUAUUUUCCCAAAACGUGACAAAGAGUCACUCUUGAAGCAUCUUUAUUCGGAUUUGAAUUGCCUCUUACUUGAAGGUUAUAUUUGUCGGCUAUUUUCCCAGUGGUAAUAUCUGCAGUCCACCUCAUUAAUACAGCUGUCCCAUUAUGGUCAAUUAUUGUGACAAAAUGGGUGCAAUAUUUUUUGAACUUGUUUUUAAUAAUAAUGAGAAAUGUGUCAGAAUUUUUUUCCUGAGUUAUUUUAAGGGAUCCACAAGUGUUUUCUUUUUCAUUAUUUAUAGAUGAAUAAAAGAUUGUUAAAAGUA